CAAUGAAGGCCGAAAUAUUACGUUUACAACUAUUUGUCAAAAAAAUGGAAGAAAGUGGAAAAAAAACUGAAGAAAAAGAAAUAAGGGUUUAUUCGGCGGAGGAGGAAACGAAUAAACAAAAGGACGUUCGUUCGCCGUCGGAGGAAGACAUUGAAGGAGAAGGAAAAGAUUUUUUGUCGGAAGAAAAAGAAAGUACAAAAGAAAGAGAUGUACAUUCAUCAUCGGAAGAACACGUAUCAAUUACUUCCCACAAGUUAAGUGAAGAAAUUUAUUAUGAUUCUCCGACCGCGGUUCAGUCCCCACAGAAUGCAGGAGCAAAUGAGACAUUUUCCGAUGUAACGUUACAUAGUAACAUAGAAAAAGAAAAUAAUUCUUAUCCAGAUAGGAGCAGGUGCAACUGUUCAGAAAUCUUAAAAAGAGUCAAGAAAUUUGAAGAUGACACUGCGAAAUCUUUUAAAACAGUUAUGAAAGCGAAUAAGAAAUUGCUAAAAGCAAUAAACCACAUGAAUGAAAGAAACAAUAAAGUACAAAUUGGUGUACACACAUUUGAUGAGGCGUUGGAGGGCUUUCCGUUGGAAAGUGUCGAACAAUUUGAUGAAUUAGAAAACGACCAAUCAAAGAAAAAUGAACAUUACAAAUUGUAUAAUCAUUUGUGUGGUAUAGGUGCUUCUAAGUUACGAGAUUUCGUACACAUGUGUUUUAGACAGACCAUGACAGACGAGCUUGUGUGCACAUUUACGUGGGCCGGUAGUUCUGAUACCGAAAAAUUAGGUGAUACCAAACUCGUGAAGAUAAUGUAUGAUGUAGCGCAGAAAUGUCGCCUUUUUGAGGGGCCACAAAAUAAAACUGUAUUCAAAACAGAGGUCCAAGAAGUAUUAAGGGCAGUGAAGCAACGGUGCCGAAAGAAGAACAAAAAGAACGAAGUACCUAACACUAAGAAACAUAUAAACAGCGAAGAAGAAAAUGAUACGGGUGAAACGACGAACAAUCGGAAUUAA